AUGGCCGACUAUGCCUUUGGCGGCAAUGACGACGAAACGGCAGAGCUUAAAAAGCUCAACGCGGAAGUACUUGAGGACGGCGAUAAUUACGAGGCUUGGGAAAAGCUGGUUCGCGCGGUAGAGUCGGUCGAUGGAGGCAUAAAUCGAAACUCGAGCCCACAAGCAAUCACAGCAAUGAGAGACAUCUAUGAUCGGUUUCUAGCGAAGUUUCCACUCUUCUUUGGGUAUUGGAAAAAAUAUGCAGAUCUGGAAUUUUCAAUCGCAGGCACAGAGGCUGCAGAAAUGGUAUACGAGCGUGGCGUUGCAAGCAUCACCAAUUCCGUCGACCUCUGGUCCAAUUAUUGCUCCUUCAAGACCGAUACCAGUCAUGACUCCGAUGUCAUUCGAGAGCUAUUCGAGAGAGGUGCCAACAGCGUUGGACUGGAUUUUCUGGCCCAUCCUUUCUGGGACAAAUAUCUAGAGUUUGAGGAGAGAAUGGAUGCGGUAGACAAGAUCUUUACCAUUCUCGCGAGAAUCAUCAACAUUCCGAUGCACCAAUAUGCCCGUUACUUCGAAAAGUACCGUCAAUUGGCACAGUCCCGCCAGCUGACAGAUCUGGUGCCCGCCAGCAUUUUAACGCAAUUUCGGAUGGACUUGGAGAAUGAAGGGCUGGGGUACAACUCAGGUAGAGCAGAUGUGGAAGUUGAGCGAGAUCUUCGGUCCCGCAUCGACGCUUUCCAUCUCGAUAUCUUCCACCGUACGCAAGCGGAAACUACUAAACGAUGGACUUAUGAAUCGGAGAUCAAGCGACCGUAUUUCCACGUUACAGAAAUCGACGAGCCACAACUGUCGAACUGGCGCAAAUACCUAGACUUUGAGGAAGCCGAAGGCGACUAUGCCCGGGCAGGAUUCCUAUACGAAAGAUGUCUAGUCGCUUGUGCACAAUAUGAUGAAUUCUGGCUUCGCUAUGCCCGCUGGAUGCUAGGCCAACCAGGCAAAGAGGAAGAAGUUCGCAACAUUUAUCAACGGGCGUCUUGUUUCUAUGUCCCCAUCGCUCUGCCGCAGAUGAGAUUACAAUAUGCCUUUUUCGAGGAGAUGUCUGGUCGAGUCGACGUGGCCAAGGACAUCCACGAAGCCAUCCUUGUUGCCAUGCCCGGUCAUGUGGAAACCAUUGUCUCUUUGGCCAAUAUGUCACGGAGGCAUGGUGGGCUCGAAGCUGCCAUUGAGGUAUACAAAUCACAUAUCGACUCACAGACGUGCGACAUCUCUGCCAAAGCAGCGCUGGUUGCCGAAUGGGCCAGACUGCUUUGGAAGAUUAAAGGCUCGCCAAACGAUGCCAGGCAGGUCUACGAAAAGAAUCAGCACUGGUAUCUUGAGAGCAUGCCCUUCUGGUCGAGCUACCUUAAGUUCGAGCUGGAUCAGCCUACAAGCGCUGAAACAGAGCAGAGUCAUUACCAGCAUAUCAAGCGCGUUGCGGAUGAUAUCCAGAUGAAGAGCAAAUUGCCACCGGCUGCAAUGCAGGAGCUACUGUCGACCUAUAUGGUGUAUCUCCUUGAAAGAGGAACCAAAGACGCUGCCAAGGAAUACAUGAUGUUGGAUCGAGAAAUCAACGGACCUGCGUCAGUGCAGAAUGUGGCAAGGGCCAGAGCUGUGGACAUGGGGAAAGAUGUUUUGCUGAGCAAUGGACAGGUCAGUCAUGUCGCUGGUGUGUGA